CCCUGCCACGUCCCGGCCCCGCCCCGGCGGCGGGCUGAGCGCGCGGGGAGGCGGCGGCGGCGGCGGGCGGCGGCCAUGGCCUUCACCCUGUACUCGCUGCUGCAGGCCGCGCUGCUUGUCGUCAACGCCAUCGCCGUGCUGCACGAGGAGCGCUUCCUCCGCAACGUUGGCUGGGGAACAGAGCAAGGGAUUGGCGGAUUCGGAGAAGAACCAGGAAUUAAAGCACAGCUAAUGAACCUUAUUCGAUCUGUGCGAACAGUCAUGAGGGUGCCAUUAAUAGCCGUGAACUCGAUUACAAUUGUGUUGCUCUUGCUAUUUGGUUGAAGACCAUCUGUUGAAAAUGAGUUUUUGGACAUCUGAAGUGGAGAGGCCACCCCCACCACUAUGAGUUUAUUGGAUUGAAAAUGGCUUAGCUGUCAAACUUGACAUUCAAUUUAAAAUAAUAAAGACACAAUUUCUAUUUAUCUUA